AUGAACGAACAAGCGGUCAAAGGCAAAAAGAGCGUGAAAAAAACAAAAUUAUUCAGUACGAUUUGUUCGCUCGUCGAAUUCACACUCGGCAAGGCGCAGAAAAACAUCUCGAAAACGGACAAGAAGAAGAAGAAAGUCCGCAGGAAGGAAUCCUAUGCUAUCUACAUCUAUAAGGUGCUGAAGCAGGUCCAUCCCGACACCGGUAUCUCGUCGAAGGCGAUGAGCAUCAUGAACAGCUUCGUCAACGAUAUCUUCGAGCGUAUCGCAGCUGAAGCCUCGCGUCUGGCCCACUACAACAAACGUUCCACCAUCACGUCCCGGGAAAUUCAGACCGCAGUCCGUCUGCUACUACCCGGUGAACUUGCCAAGCACGCGGUUUCCGAAGGUACCAAAGCGGUGACGAAGUAUACCAGCUCUAAGUAAAGAGCUGGUCCCGAAGGCGUUGAUUCCGAAACAAGUCAAAAAACAA